GCCUCGCCCGGAUGUCGUUUGCACGCCUGGCGACCACGUGACGCCGGUUGCAGUUGGUCCAUCAUGGCCGCGAUCGGCGUUCAUUUCGGUUACACAUGCGCCUGUGUGGCGAUAUUCAAGGACGGUCGGGCUGAUGUCAUUGCCAACGAUGCAGGAGACAGAGUGACUCCAGCUGUGGUCGCCUACAGAGACAGCGAGCAGCUUGUGGGCAUUGCAGCCAAGCAAGGGCGAGUCCGCAACGCCGCCAACACGGUCGUGAAGGUCAAGCAAGUCCUGGGGAGAAGCUUUGACGAUGCUGAGACACAAGCUCAUAGGUCACAGACCAAGUGCCAGGUGGUAAACCGAUCCGGGAAGCCAUUUUACGAGAUUACGGCAGGAGAACAACGCAAGUAUUUUUCUCCGGAGGAUGUGGCCAAGCUCAUUUUGCACAAGAUGAAAGAAACUGCACAGUCAGCUCUGGGCUCGGACGUCACCGACGCCGUCAUCACCGUCCCGUUUGAAUUUGGGCCCCCUCAGAAGCGCGCCCUGAGGGAGGCCGCCGAAGCCGCCGGGUUCAAUGUCCUCAGGUUGAUUCAUGAGCCCGCCGCCGCCCUUUUAGCCUACAACAUCGGGCAGGACUGUUCUGCUCCAAAAAGCCACGUUCUAGUCUACAAAUUGGGCGGCACGUCUCUGAGCGUGACCGCGCUGCAGGUGAGCGGAGGAAUGUUCCGGGUCCUGAACACCCAGACCGACCACAGCAUCGGCGGAGAGAGCUUCACGCAGGCCUUGGCCCAGCACCUUGCCACUGAGUUCAAACGCACUUUCAAACACGACGUGACCGGCAACGCCCGUGCCAUGCUGAAGCUGAUGAACGGAGCAGACAUGGCCAAGCACUCCCUGUCCACGUUGGGCUCGGCCAACUGCUUUGUGGACUCCCUGCAUGAUGGCGUUGACUUUGACUGCAAUGUGUCCAGGGCUCGAUUUGAGCUGCUCUGCUCCUCCCUCUUCAACAAGAGCAUCCAGCCAAUCAGGCGCCUGCUGGAGGAGACCAAACUCUCCACUCGUGACAUCAACAAGGUGAUCCUGUGCGGCGGGUCGGCGCGGAUCCCUCGCCUGCAGCAGAUGUUGCGGGACAUGUUCCCCGAUGUGGAGCUGCUGAGCUCGGCGCCUCCCGACGAGGUCAUCGCGGUGGGCGCGGCCCUCCAGGCGGGGCUGUUGGCCGGCAGGGACGGCCUCGUCGCCGACGGGGAGUCCGUCCAAGUGGAUGUGUCCGCCUCGGACAUCCUCGUCAAGGAGGUGGACGAAUCCGGAGCCGAGGCAUUCACGGUGCUCCUCCCGUCCGGCCUGCCGCUUCCCGCCCGGCGAAAUCACACGCUGAGCGGCGGAGGCCAACUCUCGUCCCUCUGCUUGGAGAUUUACCAGCGAUUCGCUUCAGAGCAGCCAGAGAAGCUCGCCAAAAUAAUAUUGCGAGGCCUGGAGCCCAAAAAGGAGUGCCACAACAUCGACACAGUGGUCACCAUGAAAAGGGACGGCUCCCUCCACGUGGCCUGCGUGGAGCAGACCAGCGGGAGGUCGGAGAUCAUCAACGUAGCGGCCGCAUCUUGAAAUUCCAUUACAUCUCACGCUAUCACACAUGAUUUUUUUUUUUCUACGACUUAAGACUAUUAAUAAACACAUGAAUUAAAAUUU